AUGUUUGGGAAAGACAAGAAAUUACAACCUGUAUUUGACAGCCAUUUCUGGCAUUGGUAUAUUGACAGUUAUGCUAGAAUACCGGUGGGUCAAUUAGGUGAUCCAACACCGUAUAACAAGACUAAAUACUAUCCUGCAUCAACUUCAGUAGUUACGGUUCAAAAGUAUUUUGAUUAUUUGAAAUUACCUAUACCCUCAGCUCAUCAAGUUAUUGCUCUUUUAAAAUCGCCUUUCACCCAAGGAGAUCUUGUUAAGACUUUCCAUUUAGUACGAUUCUUCCAAUUAAGUUCAGAUGGAUUAUUCUUAACUAAUUCUGGAGCAGAUAAAUUAGGUGGUGUAAUCACUUAUGUGGGGGCUGAGAAUUGGGAAAAUGUAAUGUGUUAUUUAGAUGCUUUGUUAUUUUCCAUGUUUGCUAAUUUAGAAAGUUUCGAACCUAUUUUAUUCAUAUCCAAUCAAACGUCAGAUCAUCUAGUAUGUCAAUUGGCUUCAUUAAUUCGAUUAUACGUUAAUUUAUUAAGAUCAGGAAAUUUAAUCACUACAGAUUUAACUACCAGAAUAUGUGAAGUAUUAGAAAAAUUAGGAUUUAGAGAAGCCAUGUCUCAUAAACAACAAGAUUCAGCAGCUAUAUUUGAUUUCUUAACUGAAACUCUUUCCAUGCCAUUAUUAACUUUUAAAAUUGAUAUCAAACAUGGUGGGAAAUUUAAUAAAGAAGAUGAUCAAAAAAUAUCAAAGGAAAGAAUUUUAUUCGUAAGUAUACCCGAUGAAGAAGGAGAAUCAUAUGUUCAAGUCGAUAAAGAUCAAGGUUCAACUGAAAUAACUGAACAUCAAAUAGAUCAAGAUCAAGAACAUGAUGGGAUACUUUUAGAAGAAUGUCUUGAACAAUAUUUUAAUAAUUCCAUUAGUGUUAAACGUGAACUUGAACGAAGGGCUACUUUAGAGAGUUUACGUGAAAGUGGUGCUAUGAUGCCUGCCACAAGUAUUUCUAACCCUGGAGGUGAAAUACUUUAUUAUGGAGCUACCAUUCCUGAAGAAAAUAGUAUUCAAUCAUUUAGUGCAUCAGAAGCAACCUUAAAAAGAAAUUCAGGUUCCAAUCAAAUAGAUAAUUUAGACGAAGCUAUAAGUUUAAGAAGCCUGACUCCUAUUUCAAGAGCUAGAUCUGAUAGUUAUAAAGGAACUCAAGUAAGAUAUGCCACUAGAACUAGAUCUUCAACUGUUUCAUUAUGGUCUAGUAAUGAUAAUGAUCCAAGUAGAUCUAAAGAAGUUAGUUUACCAGCAUGGAUGUUUUUAACACUUUUACCAUUUUAUACCGAUGAUAAUAAUAUGGUUGGUCCUGAAAGCAUUGCUCGAAAUUCAAAAGAAUUCGUUAAUAGAAGACCAAUAUUACCUAUAUGUUUAAAGAGAUAUUCAUAUGAUUCAUCAAGUUCACUGGCCACAAGAUCGAAAAAGAGAAUUAUAAUCCCGCCAUUUAUAGAUUUGCCUCAAUUUGUGGCUGAUGACGUUGACGAUGAAACUCCAGGAAAUUAUAGAUUAAUUUUAGAAAGUGCGGUUUGUCAUCGUGGUAAUUCAAUAAAUCUGGGUCAUUUCAUAUCAGUAGUAAGAAAGGAUUCCGAUAAUGUGAAUAUGACAGAAGAAGAAGGUCAUACUGCCACAUGGUAUUUAUAUGAUGAUAUGAAGAAAAAAUCCAGAAUUGUUGAAAAGUCAUUUGCUGAAAUCUUUAAUACAGAAUGGCCAUACAUGUUAUUUUAUAGAUUAGUAACAUCACAAGAGAAUUUCACUGCUAAUAAAUCAAGUCCAGUUACAGUUCCUCAUGGUUCAAAACCAAAAUAUUGGGCUGAAGAGACUUUAUCACCUAUUAUUUCAGCGUCAAAUACAGAUGAUGAAUCUCGAUCAUUGAAAAGAUUAGAAAGUGCCGUAAGUUCUACAUCUAGUAUUCCUAUUCCUGAUAUACCUCCCACGGAUCCAAGAUCAAUUGAUAUCAGACAAAGAUAUUAUUGGUAUGUGGUUGAUAAAGAUAAGAAUUAUUAUAAGGAAUUACCAAGUGUAUCAAAAUAUGGUAAUAGUAAUGGUUCAGUUACUUUGAGUCCUCAAUUCCGUCGUAAUAGUCAAUGGAGUGAGAAAUCUGCCGUUAGCAGUAUUCAUAAUUUAAUGCAUUCCAAUGUUAAUGAUGUGGUGAUUGAGAAAAGUAGUGCUGAUGCCGUUAAUGAAAAAUUGAAAGAAGUUAAUAUAUCUUCUCCAAAGGAAGAUCUGAAAUCCAAGAAGUCUCCUCUUACUUCAUUCUUAUCACCAACCUCUUCUCAUAAGGUCAAACCUACCAAGAGUCCAAAAACCUUAGAGAAGCCAAAUAGCAGUACAACCACUUCAAAUACUACAUCACCUAGAAGAUCACCAACCACCACUACUACUAAACCUACUUCCACCGCGCCUCCAAAGAAACAUCAUCACUUCCAUAGAAAGUCAAAAAAGAGUGAAGAGUAUAAAAAAGAUAAAUGCAUAAUUACAUAG